AUGAGCACGAAGCAGGUGACCUGCAGGUACUACGUGCAAGGAGUGUGUCGGGAGGGAAGCAAGUGUCUGUUCUCCCAUGAUUUAUCUACAAGCAAAUCAUCCACCAUCUGCAAGUACUACCAGCGGGGCCAGUGUGCCUACGGAGCUCGGUGCAGGUAUGAUCACACCAGACUUCCUGCGUCGGGGGGUGCAGCGGCCCCCGCGCCACCUCCCCUCUCAUCGGCCGCGCUGCACAGCCCUCGCCACCCUCCCGAGCACGGCGCGCCGAUAAUCAGGAGCAAACUGCACGAGACUGGCAAACGGGAGAAGAAAACGCUGGUGCUCAGGGACAGAAAUCUGUGUGGCUUGAAUGAAGAAAAGCAGAAACCCAGUGCCACAAGCGAUGUGGUGUGUUGCAGUGACCAAAACGAUAAUCUGGAAAUGAAGCCCCAUUCGUAUUUAGAAGCUAUUUGCAGCGGACUGGAAGAUCCGGUAGCUGGAAGCUCCUGUGCUGAUGGAGAGCAGCUGUGUCCUUAUGCUGCGGCGGGAGCGUGCCACUUCGGCGAUCGCUGCCUUUACCUCCAUGGAGACGUGUGUGAGAUAUGUGGGUUGCAAGUGCUUCACCCUUUCGACCAAGAACAGAGGAAGGCUCACGAGAUGAUGUGCAUGGCGACAUUUGAGCACGACAUGGAGAAGGCCUUUGCCUUUCAGGCAAGCCAGGACAAAGUGUGCAGUAUCUGCAUGGAAGUGGUGUACGAGAAACCAUCGGCUUCUGAGAGGAGGUUUGGGAUCCUUUCCAACUGCAAUCACACGUACUGCUUGUCUUGCAUCCGGCAGUGGAGAUGUGCCAAGCAGUUCGAGAAUCCAAUCAUAAAGUCUUGCCCGGAGUGCCGCGUGAUAUCCGAGUUUGUCAUUCCCAGUGCGUAUUGGGUAGAAGACCAGGAGAAGAAAAACGAGCUGAUUGAAGCGUUUAAGCAGGGAGUGGGGAAGAAGCCCUGCAAGUACUUUGAACAAGGGAAAGGAACUUGCCCGUUUGGAGGGAAGUGUCUUUACCUUCACGCUUAUCCAGAUGGGACGCGAGCUGAACCUGAAAAACCACGGAAACAGCUCAGCUCUGAGGGGACGGUGCGGUUCUUCAAUUCCGUUCGUCUGUGGGACUUUAUUGAAGACAGAGAAAGCAGGACUGUGACCAGCGCAGACGACGAAGUGACGGAACUUGGAGAACUUUUCAUGCACCUUUCUGGGGCUGACGAGGAGCCUGCCACUUCUCAAUAAAGA